AUGGUGGUGGGUAUUAUUGGUCUUCUUAUACUUUUAAUCAUCAUUGUGGUUCCAGUGGUAGUCAUUAAAGAACGUGAUCGUCAAAAGCAAUUAGAUCAACAAGUGAAUCGAAAUGGUGGAUAUAAUCAAGGCGGCAACAAUAACAAUAAUAACAACAACGACAAUAUCAUUAGCAACAACAGUAAUAGUAAUGGCAACAAUACAAGUGCAAGUAUAGAUAAUACUGAUGGUUAUAGUGUAUAUCGAAAUGGGGAUGGUAUCAUCAAUGGUCAUAUAGUAUCCAAAUAUGCUAACCUAACUCGCAUACAAACAAUCAAGGCAGAUGCAUUAGCAAACAAAGAGCGUGUCUUUGUUGUUGGUGAUAUUCAUGGUUGCUUAGAUGAAUUUAAUCAAUUACUGGAUCAUAUUCAAUUCAAUCCUUCCACUGAUCAAGUCAUUUUAGCUGGUGAUAUGAUUGCCAAAGGACCUUCCAAUACUGGUGUCAUCCGGCGUGCAAAGGAAAUCGGUGCGUUAUGUGUACGAGGAAAUCAUGAUGACAAGGCUAUUCGUUUCAAGACAUAUGAAAGAUCUAAUGGUCCUGAUGGAAUGGGUCCAUCUAGUGCUGUUAUGCCUGAAGGUGAUGUUCCUGAUCCAUUGAAAUAUAAAAAUCCUCAUCUUCCUAUCUCAAGAGAACUUUCUGAUGAAGAUUAUGAUUACUUGACUAGUUGUCCAUCGAUUCUACGUCUACCAUCGAUGAACAAUAGUAUUGUAGUACAUGGUGGAUUAGAUCCUAUGGUAUCAGAUUUGGUUCAACAACAACCGUUGGAUGUGAUGACAAUGCGUGAUAUCUCAGAUACAGGUGAACCUACAGAUGAAAAACGAGUUGGCACUCCUUGGGCUCAAGCAUGGAACGAAGCACAAGAAAAAUCAAAUACACCUCUCACUGUAUAUUAUGGGCAUGAUGCUAGUCGAGGAUUAGUUAUUCAACCAUUUUCUUACGGAUUGGAUACGGGAUGUGUUUAUGGAAGAAACCUUACGACUAUAGAUAUCAAGACUAAACAAAUCUUUAGUGUUCCUUGCAAAGAAUAUGCGACCUGA